AUCACUUGUGUGGUUUUAUCGUAGUAAAACUAAAAAGAAACAAAAAGUUAUGCUGUGAAUUCAUUGGAAGUUUUGAUCUAAUUAUCAAAUUGAAUUUAAAUGAAAAGUGAAAUCUAUGAAGAAAACACAACGAAAGAAAAAUGAAUAAAAAUGAAACAGAAAAGUUUCAAUAUGUUUAAAAAAUGAUCGUGAUCACGUUUGCGAAUUUCCAAUUAAACGAGAUAUAGCUAUAAAUUUUUAAUUUGGAAUUCAAUUAAGUUAAAUGAAAUGUGACCAAAAUACGUUGUUCAAUUGGACAACCCAAUGGAUUUGCAACAAUGGGAUAAGUACGUUACUAUGGGCCGUCGAUGGAUGUGUGAACGCAUGCAAACCGCUUUAUCGAAUUAAAUUAAUUAAAGUGCGUGUGACAAAAUUGGUUUGAAUUUGUUUUUAGGCUGGUCGUCGCAUUCCGAUUAGAUUAAUUCAUUUACUUUUUGGUGUUUUUAUCUUUGCGUUUUCUGUGUCCAUAUUAAUUAAUUUACGUACGCCUCACGAUUCAUUCAUUCUCGCUGUCUCUCUGGCUCUCUUUGCUUCUUCUACACACUCGCGAUGCGAACUACUUGCAAAAUAAUUAAUUUGUAGUGUGCCUAAUAAUGUGCUUCAGCGUUGGAUUGCAAAAACAGAAAACGAAAGAAGUAAAAAAAAAGCAGAAAAAUAUGGUCGAGUUGUGUGCUCGCGAGAGACAAGGCGUUCGCGUGAACUAUUCAUUUUCAUAUUAUGUGUCCGGUGAUAUCAAGCAUAUGAAUCGAUAUUUAAGCCAGAUUUAGAUGUGUGUCCGUGUGUGGGCCUUCCGUGCUUUUUGUCGAUUUGUUGUCGCUACUUGCUGCUGCUUUGUUUUGACAAUGAAACGAACGAAACAUAAUAAAAAAAAUAUGGAUAAAAAAGAAACGGGCUGACAGCAAAUCGCAUUGUAGCAUUGAAAACGGUUGCGCUAUGUGUGUCCUUAUUCUCCCAACAAGUUUAACGUUCAUUGCUAAUUGCGUCGGGUUAUGUGUGUGUGUGUGUGUGUGUGUGCGCACGUACUCCACAUUUAGAGUGUUUUGCAUAAAAAACACAAGCAAAACAAAACAGAACUACAUUCUCACCUCCAACAGAAGUGCGCAACUAAUUUGCUUUUUGAUUUCGUUGCAGCCGAAAAGCGAAGGCACACCAAGCCCAAUAUUUGAGUUCAUUGGCUGCUUUAGACCUUUUGCUGAUUUUCUGAUUUCUAGAGUCUCUCUCUCUCUCUCUCUCUCUCUCUCUCUGUGUGUGUGUGUGUGUGUGUGUGAGCAGUGCUAUGCUGUGCCCUGAUCGUGCAUCGAAAGUGAAAAUAUAAGUUUGCGAAAUCGCAAGAAAAAAAAUGCACUUUUUUCGACCAUCUGUGAAUGAAUGACGGUAUAAUCUAACGUUAACGUCGUCGAAUACGAUCGCUGAACACUUCAUCGAUCACGACAAAUGGAAAUUUUUCAUUUUUACACAACUCGAAUAAUGCCCAUUUGUGUUUCAAAUGAGAAAAUUCACUGCAUAUUGAUCCGUCUCGCAUACAUUUACACAGAGAAUAAAAAUUGAUGUGAAUGCAUUUUUGCCUUCUCAUUGUGUCACAUGCAUCAACGAUGGCGACAUUUCACACUACGUAAUGAUUUUCUUUGAAGAACUUUUUUUUCUCGCUCAUUCACUCGAUCGCGUUCUCCUUUGAGCGAUCCUUUGCUCUUUUGAUGUCUGGCUUGAGAUUCAAAAGUCUGCGAACAUUGUCAUACGAUGUUCUCUAUGCUGCGGUUCAUUUUUGCACCAAUUUAUUGAGCCUUUGAUCAAUUAUUAGCUUUUUCGUCUCCCUUUUUUCACUCGAAGCCACAUUUGAUUAUUUCUACUGCAUAAAAUGAAAACCGUUCAUAUUUGGGAUGAAAGAAUGGACGUGUUUUUUUGUUGAUGGAUUUUUUUCAUUUUUUUUUCUUCGGUCAACUCAAAUUGACGCUCAAUGUUAUGGGCAAUGUAGCAUACAUAUGAAGGCAUGUGCCCACACUCGUGGCAGAUGAGCUAACAUUUGAUUUUCUACAUUCUUUUGACAUUUUUUUUUCUCUCUCUUCAUCUCUCAUGUCACAUCAGUUUUCAUUUUAUCGAGAUAUUAUGUCAUUGGAGUGUGUCGUUGUGUGUUCUUUGUUAUUGUUGUUGCUGCUGCUUUAGUGGCUGUGUACAUUUCUCGUUUCGGCGUUUGGAGCGCGUUUGUUGAGAGAGAAACUCGUUUUAUUCGCCCAUUUAACUUCCAUGAAAUACCACGCAAAAUAAUUGUAAUUGUAUGUUGCCAAUUUUCAUCAUCGUUUGAUACAUAAGCAGCCACAGAAUUCAUUUAAACUCGAUUAGAUUUGCGUUUGAAAGCGAUCCACCACCACCACCACCACCAUCACUACCAUGGUAAUUAUUGAAUCGAGUGUUUCAAUUACAAACAUAUGCGCUUGAGAUUCGAUUUUCAUUAUCGUGUCGACUUUCAAAAUAUGCGCAAUGCCUGUGGUUGUUGUAUUGUAUGUAGCGGCGUGGUUCGUUCCCCCAAAAUAAAAAACUCGAUAUCGAUUCGAAUUCAUUAACUGUUUGUUUACACACAACCUAUAAUAGCUAGAUGGUGUAUACACUCCUCUAUUUUCCAUAAUUUUCCCAUUUUGUCAUGACACUCUUGUGUGUGGUAUAAUGUCUGUGAUUCAGUUGCUGAAAUCUGAAAUUAUAUUUUUCACAUUUCAUGCCAUUUAUGAUUUGUUUUGGCCAAGUAGGAUUUAAAAAUUGCGUUUUACGCUAGCUGAUUUCACAUUAGCUCUUUCGAUUUUUCUCAAAAGUGAGUGAAAGGGAUGGAAACAGCGAAAGCAAAAAAUAGUCAGUGUGCCGGGCCCCGUUCCACAUCGGAAAUCCAUUAGCAAAAUUAGUUUUGUAGAACAAAAAGUCUUCAUUGAUAUGCGCAAUCCAUAUUGAGACUAAGCCGUAGUCAACCAAGCGAAGAAUUUGGUUUGUCAUUUACUUUAAACCGUUGCCGCUUUAAAUUAUCGAAUGUACCAGAAAUGCAUACGCCAAUUCGUCCCCAACUCAACUACGACUCUCAAUUGUGUGUAAUUCACAUCUUCUUCGUAUAUUUAUCGAUUUGUUUAUAUAUAAUGUAAUUAACAAUUUGCAAUAGACACGCAAAAUGGGUCGUAUGAACGAAAAAAAAGACGUUUUUUUUCUCUGUGAUAAAUUGCGCACCGUUUCGCUUUCAUUAUAAUUAUCUACGACAAAAAAUGUUUUGUGUGUACCAAUCGUUCAUUCACCAGCCCAAUGUGUCGAUGUCUCUGAAGACUGAAACGUAUACCGUUCGAACGAAAAAUGUUCAAAACAAAAUGUAUUCAUCAUUUUGUGUAUAUUAGCGGCAAUGCGAUGAUGUCACUUUUAGCACAAAGACGAUCUCGUAUUUAUGCACACAAUUCCAUAUAGCACACGAAAUUUUGCGCGGUGACGACAACGACGACGACGAUGAAGCAAAAACAAGCCACAAGAGAGAGAGAGAAUGAAGAGCGCUACGCGCUGAGGAGUUGAAAGUGUGAAUAUGUUUGUUAUUAUUUGCGUUCAUUAAAAUUUGUGUGUUGGCUGCUGUGUGUCGUUUGUCGCAAUUACUUUAUUUAUGGAAUGGAGUUUUAAGUUUUUCUUAUAUGAGAGUAAAUGAAAAUAAACACAAGUCAUUCUAUUUUCAAGUUCUGUACACAACACAAACAUACAUACUAGAAUGCUCAUAAAUCGCAAUCGAAGGAGCAAAACCGUCAUGCAAGCCCCAAACGACCGAACGAGUGAAAGAACGAAUGAACGUUUCAAAUCGGUGAUCAGGCCAGGCCGCAUUGAAAGUGUCUUUAACAGAAAUUGAUUUGCGCGCGUAACAAUACAAUUUCUGGGCCUAACCUUAUGUUUGUUCGAAUAUGUAAGCUUGCUGUUAGCUUAUAUAGAAUUAUUUAUUCCGUUUUGUUUGUCGUUUCGUUUAUUUCAUUUAUUUCAAUUCAAAUAUUUAUACUUUGCACACACUUCAUACUUCUUUUUUUCUUCUCUCUCCUGUUGUUGUUAAAUCAAUACCAGCGAGAAACGCAAAAUUCCGUACGGAAAACCGUUGCCUCCAUUAUUCCAAGCGUCAACAUCUUUAGGUUUAGCUAUUGGUUUUUAUUUGAAUAUUUUCGUUAUUGGUUGAUUUUUACAAAUCGAACGAGCUAUUAUUAUUCAAAUUCAUCGCCUCAACACUUUCAUUUUAUGUUAUGAACAUAAGCGCUUUUAUUUGGAAUUGAGAAUGCGACCGAUGGCGUCGGCAACACACUCCAACCAAUCAUCCAUCCAUCGAUCCAUCGAUCCACCCAGCAGUGCUCGGUCAAGAUUUCUUCAAACUAGUUUAUUAUGGCCAUGCCAUGGGUGUCGAGUUCGCGGCAAUCACAUGGACAGGUCAAUGCCGUAUUAACACAAUUACCCAUAGUUUAAAUCAUUCCGUUUUCUCUCUAUGAAUUUCAAUAGUGCGCUCGUGCGAUAUUGACAUUCGCAUCUGUUGAUUGAAAAUUAUGCAAAUCUUUGUGAAUAACACUCGACAUAUGCAUAGAUUGUUUAGUUGAGUAAAUAUUUGCCCAUAGAAUCAACAAAAAAAAAAGAUAUCUUCUAUCUUCCGUUUAUCUGUCACUCAUCAUUCACGAAAAUGUUAUGUCGACUUUUUCUCUCUAUGUGUUGUUUUUUUUGCCCUUCCUUUUGCCACUCUCUCUUUCUAGUCGACAUCAAAUUCGUCGUGCAAAAAGCCGACAUUUUCGCAAGCACACACGAAAUUUAUCAAUGGGUGAGCAGCCCGAGCGACAUUUUCAGUUUAGAACCAAAUUUAGUUUUUGGCCGACAUAAUUUGUGAACACAUUGUGGCGUGUGUGUGCGCGCGGUGAGCUUACAACGUCUUGCGACGGGAUUAUCUGUAUUCGAUAGAACGUAAAUUACAAAAUGCGUACAAAUUGUUGAUUUAAUUUUCUUUUCCGUGGAAAAAGCGCUUAAUGUCAUUUAAUCCACGUACACAAUUUAUCGAGUUGUUAACCGAACAUGUUUGUGAAAUUCGUUUGAUGUUGUCAUGGUUUUUAUAAUGGAUUUUCCGAUAAAAUGCGAACGGCAUGGCAUAUUGUCGACCCUCUGGGAAUCACAUCAAAUUAGUUGGUAAAAAUUAAAGCACCAGCCAACAAAGCCAAAACUCACACAGGAUACGAAACGACAGUUUUGUUUGUGAAAUAUGACAAGCCAAGUUUGGUGUGACAAAAACCAUAACUAAAAGAAGCAACAAACAAAAGAAUAAGAGAAAAAUAUGUUUGAUGUAAGCGAAAAGAAAAGUGAGCAGUGACAACAAAAAUUUCGGAAGAAACUAAUUUUCUAAUAAUAGAGAGUCGCAACACAAGGACUUCAUAGCGAUUGAAAAAGUGCCUUUAGAUGAUGCCAAUAUGGAAUCGAUGCUUUACGUCAACGGUGAAUAGUAAAUCAUCGAAAGACGGUACCGGCAAAAAGAGAAAAUUUUCCAGUAUUAUUAAGAAUUCAUCGAGUGAAUCACGGUCGUCCAAAGCAAGUGGCAGCAAACAUUCCAACAGAGUUCUCUCUGAUUCGGAAGAUGUCAUUGAUACAGGUCCGGAGAAUGUUGAGCUCGUGCCUUGCUCAAUAUGUACCCGAACUUUUACCCCGGCAGCAUUGGACAAGCAUAUCGGAAUAUGCGAAAAAAUGCAUAUUCAAAAACGAACACCAUUCGAUUCAUUUAGGCAACGAAAAGUUGGCACCGACCUAGAAACAUACCUACCAUCAAACUAUGGAUUAAUUACGAAAUCGAAAACUUCCAAAUUGUCUCCAACAGAUACGAAAUCCGCAUCCAGAUCGAUUUCGAGUGUGUAUGAUGCAUCAACCAAACUGGCGAGUCGCCGCGUCACUCCAACGAAAGAGGUUCCAAAAAUGAUGUCAAAGGAGACGCCAUUGAUGAAUAGAUCGAUGAUGUCUAAACGAAGCUUGGGCCCGAUCAAUGAAGUGUGUCCACAUUGUAGUCGAUCGUUCGGUACGCGAGCAUAUGAUCGACAUGUGGAAUGGUGCCGUGAGAGAAUCAGGAUCGCCGCUCCGACAUUGUCAGCACAACAGCAUCUGGCCAAAGAACGUAUGCAAGCUCGAACAAAAUACAAGGCUCCAACACUGAGGUCGAAACGAGAGAAGAACCGAGAAAAGUACUCCAGUCUUAGUGAAUCGAUGAAUAAUUUGUCGGACAGUGGUGGUGUUAGCAUAAUGGAUUUCAAUUCGGUGGCUGAUCCAUACGAAAGAGGCCGCAAAUCUAGCAUCAUGUCUCUGUCGAUGACAUCGUCCAUCGCAAGUGAUGGCGGAUUUUCCGACAAAUAUGAUCCGUUUAUUUCGGCCAAGCGUCAAUUUGAAGAUCUGUUCAAUGCAAGCAACAUUGCAACAUCAACACCGGCCAAAGGGGCUCGGUCACCAACGGGUGCAAAUAUGAGCAAAUCAUUAUGCGCCGCGAAGUCACCAUCGAACCAUUCACCGUCUAGUCCAAUAAAAAAUCAAAGUUUAUCUAAGUCAAGCUUUCGACGAACGUCAUCGCUUCGUGUGCCGAAGAAGACGUCACCAAUAUCGUUUAUGCCAAAAUACAAGCCAUCCAUUCAACGUGGCAUCUCCGAUGAGGGACCAAUUUCGUCGAAUUUCAUGAAACCCGAAGAGUAUGACGAAAUUCCAGUUAAAAGUCAUGCCGCCAUCAUACCGCCCGAUUUGGUACCAAAAUCACCGAAACCCUCAAGCAACCAUCGCGAACUACGCGAACCAAUAUCAUCAACACCAUCGCCGAUUAUUGUCAAACGACAACUGUGCAACAGUGCAAAUCGUCGAAAUAUAUCGGGCGAUGUAAAAAAUGCCGCUGAUUUCCCAUUGACAAAAACCGAUUCGUUGGCCGCAUUUCUGCAGUUUGAAGACGAAUUGGAGAGCUCGCUAGCGGCAAAAAACCACGAAAAACUAUCGGAAAAAGAGUUGAAGGACAAGAGUAAUAAUUUGAACAAAAAAUCACUAUCUGAACUGAUCGACAACAAAACGAAUGACUCAAAUAAUGAAUUUGGCGGCGGUGGUGGAGAUCGAUUGCCAGCGAUUGAAAUACAAACACCACAACGAUUGCAAAGCAAUCCCAUUAAAUUAGCGCCAAUUGAAAAGCCAUUGAUUAAACAUAAGAUAAUGUUGGAGCCACUUACCGCAAAUCAUUCAGAAUGCAAUAAAAAUAAUAACAAUAAUAUUAAUAAUGAUGACAUAAGAAUCGAUGACAAUGACAAUACCAUCGAUUCAUAUUUAAUUAAUUCAUGUGAUAAUUUAAGAUUAAGCAAUGUAUCGAAAUUACCCAAUGAAUCGAGUAGUUUUGAUCAGACAAAUUAUUGUGUGACCGAAGCGACGGAUGCAUCGAUUGAAAAUCAUCUGGUCACAAAUGCAACCAAUUUCAAUUGUGAUUCCACACGUUUAUCGUCCAGUGCCGAGAGUAUUGAUUCACAUCAAAAUAUGGAGCUAAUUGUAAACUUGAAAAAUAUCAAUGACACCGCCGAUAAACGUAAUCCAAAGCGUCAGAUGCAAUUGCAUAAAGAUAAUUUGCUAUUCGAUAAUGCGAUAACCAUUGGAUCGACCGACAAUCAAAUCAAUCAAACCAAACAGCUCGAAGAGGACAUCGAUGUGGAUGAUAACAACAUGAAAAAUGCAUCGAUUACAUCACCAUCUCCGAAGGAACCGAAAACACAAUCGAAAUUCGAUGAUGAUUGCAAUAAGAUCGGACGAAAGCUGUCUGCAAAAGAUGUGCAAAAUUUGGAAACACUUUUUGAUGAUUUUGAUUUGGAGGAGUUCAUCUCAACGUUUAGUGAUAACGAGCAAUUUCCGAUUUUCAAAAAUUACAAGGAAAUGGGAACGGACCAGAAGCGGGUGUCUAGCCGCAAACAAUACGGCAGUGAGUCAACGAGUGAAGAGUCCGAAUUCGAUGAGAAGUUUGAUACAAGCGAUAUUGAUGUCAGCGAAAGAGAAAGAACCGCAUCGGCAAACAGUUCAAUUGAACACCGCGGCGGUGGCAAGUGUGACAGUGUUGGUAGCUCGGAAGCAAAUCGAAAACGUGAAUCGUUCGAAAGGAAAGUGCUAAAAAAGCCAGAUGUAACAGCCGAAGCGGAAAAGCGAAUGCAAAUUGAAUCGGAGCUCAGUAAAUUGGGCCAAAGGAAACAUACGACCGAUACGAAACUCAGUCAAUUACAGGAAAUACUUGGCGAAACCGGUGAAAUGUCUCAAGCAGAACGAGAACUUUUGGCAAGCGUUCAAGAGCUAAACAGCAUGUGCGAUGACUCAAAAACUCUGGACCUAACGUCAGAUGUGUUUAGUCCAAAGACGAAUGACGCUUCUGCGUCUGCAGAGGCUACAUUUAAGAGUUUAUUCCUUCAAUCGCCCGGCGAGAAAUCUAACAACAACGGAUCGAUUCGCUUCGGCCAACGUAACCGUCAUCAGCCGUUCAACUAUCAAAUGCCUGAAAUUGUCGGACUGGCAUCUCCCAAUACGAGCAAAGAUUUGGGACGUUUCAAAACCACACCAAUCGAGUAUUUGUCGUCCUUGAAAAGCGACACCACUAAACUUAGCACGAAUGGAACCAAACUGAAUGCCUCACUCAAUGGCUUCGAUCGAGUUUUACCUCCAAUCGCUGUACACAAAAAUGAUUCACAAAAUAUUUACAACACAAUCAACAUGACAUCAAGCUAUCACCACGAUACUCGUGUCGAUCCACUACAUCAACACAAAAUUACCAGCAAUGAUCGCAUCAAACUCUCCUCAUCUAGUACCACAUGCAGAGAGUCCAAUUUGAGCGCAAAUCAAAAAUUGACGAAAUUUUGCCACGAAUGCGGCGCUCGGUUUAUCGUUGACCAAGCGAAAUUCUGUAUGAAUUGCGGUGUGAAGCGAGCUAAUCUCGACUAGAGAAUAUACAUUUUGUUUGGCAAUAUACUAUAAGUAUACAGUGGAUGAGCCAACAAUAAGUGUGUGUGUUUUAAAUUACUUUUAUUAUUGUGUUUAGGAAUGUAUACAAUUUUUAUAUCACACAUCCAAAUCACAAACAAACAAGAAAAAUACAGGCAACAUUUUUUUUCUCUCUUUAUUUUAUACAUACAUUUAUCCAAUUUAAUAAUCAUCAUUAAUUGAAACCGAAUGAGCUCUAUAUAUUUCACCAUUAGAUUUACAAAUUUGUCACAAAAACUACUUAAACAAAAAAAAUUGACAUUAUUUAUAUGAACACACGAUGUUUAUCUAGUUUUUUAAGCAAACAAUCUGUUACAAUUACCUUGUAUUGGUUUUCUAAUCAAACAGUGUCAUCAAAAGCAAAAGAAGAAAAACGAAACUUUAUCCAAAAUGCACACACAGUCACAUCAAUUCUUACCACAAUUGAAAUAAAUUACAAAAAGGAUCAAUUAGCGAAGCUGAAUGCGAUCGUCUGUUCCUCCCCUUCAAAAUGCUUGAAUUUCUAUUGUGUGUGUAUUUCUUUUUCUCUCUAAAACUUUGUUGCAGAAUGAAGAGCGCAGGAAGCGUUGGAAUUCCUAAAAACCGUCACAAUAAAGACAUAAAGACAUUAACGCAAAACAAAUGUUAAUUAAAUCUUUUAUAUCAUUUAAAAAAAAAAUUCGUUUUAUAUCAUAAAUUUAAUUGUUUGAAUUUAAAAAAUGAAAUCAUCAUUAGUUACCGUAUCAUUCGUCUUCGAGAAGAACAACGUUUUUUUUUUAACAUUUUAUAAAAUUCUGUUAUUGUGUCAAAUUUAAUUUAAAAAAAAAUUAGUUUGUUAAAUGAAAUAGCAUGGAUUAACAAAGGCUGACCUAUUUUUUUAGUUUUUGCUGUUGAUGGACAAAAAAGUUAACCCAGAAUAAACGUGUAAAUGCGCACACAUGCAAUCGUCA